AUGACCCCCGUCGUUCAGCCGGCACUGACCAUCCUAGAAUCCGUAAAAUCAAAUGCGGAGAAGAAAAGCCCAACUGUAUUCGAUGCACCAGCACAGGACGCAACAUCCAGCGUGGUUCCAGUCCUGGACCGGCCGCUUUCGGUCUCUCCGAGUACUGUAUGGCUAGAGCGGCGGGCCUUCGCCCAUUAUUCCCAACACGCUGCGCCAUUCAUUGCUGGGGUACUGGACAUCGACUUUUGGGGUGGUGUUAUCACCCAGGUAUGUCAGACUGAGCCUGCGGUGUGGGACGCGAUCAAUGCCAUCAGUGCCCUCUUUGAGAAUCCAGAUCUGUGCUCUGAUCCUGUCCGGCUCAGGCAAAAUGACAAUAAGUCUCAGGGGUUGCGUCCUAGCCACAGUGAUGCCUUACGCUGGUACUCGCGCUCGUUAGCCACUAUGCGCAGGCAAAUCGACCAGGGGAAUGUUGACAUGAAUGUAGCGUUGAUUAGCUGCAUCUUAUUCAUCUGCAUAGAAAUGGUGCAGGGGCAGGUGGAAGAGGCGCUACGACUGUACCAGCAGGGGGUAAGCCUCAUCUUUGAGCUCCGGGCAGGUGGUACUAGGAUGUGGUCUUGCACGGAUUUCGCUCUUUUACAAGACACAAUCUUCCCUAUUUUCCUACGACUUGGCACAAUUGCGCAGCGUGUUUCGGGCUUCCCUGUUAGUAGCUUACUCGAUGAAAUGCAGGAUUGGACCGAAAACACAUUCUCCUCACUCAGCUCAGCCCGUCUCGCAAUGGCUGCUCUCGCUGCAGAGGGCAUGAUCUUCCAGCGCACUGUUGAGAAGCAUUUUGCGAACAAGGGCCACGGAUGCGCCAUUCCCCCGGCGUUGAAGAGCAAACAGGAAGAUCUCCAGAAACGAUUAGCAAAGUGGCAUCACGCCUACACCAACUUGGUGAAUUCAUCUGACCCAUCAGAACUUCCUAUUAGCGUGACCUCUCUCUUGCUUUCCUUCCACACUGUCACAUCGAUUGUUACCGCUGUUUCCACUGAGCAUCUGGAGACCGCAUAUGACGCCUUUCUACCCCAAUUCCAGCUCAUUGUUGAACAGUCCGCUGUACAUCUUGAAGCUUCAGCUGGCCCGAAUGGCAGGCAGCCGCCAUUCACCUUUGAGAUGGGUCCUGGUCUCUCGUUGUUGAUGACCGUUAUUAAGUGCCGUGACCCAUGGCUGCGCAGAAGGGCCUUGGAAUUAUUGAAAAAGGCACCUCCAGUGCAGGCGCUGUACAAGUGUCCACCGGGUGCGACAUUGGCGGAAGCUUUCAUAAACUGCGAACCAGACAUCUCCAAGUGGUGGUACCGGAGGCCUGAUCAGAUCUACUUGAAGUUUUCACAGAAUCGAUUUGAUGAGAAUACAAAGAUGUGGCGAAUGGUCCAUAACAAUGUCCUGAUUGACUAUUAA